AUGCCCCUCAAGGUAGCCGCCCCGGCCCUUCACCUGGACCUCCCGGUGGCCACCACUCCGCAACAAGUCGCAGCAUAUCGUCAGCUGUUGAUUAGCACAAUCCAAGAGAAGAACCUGCAGCCCUUCUACCCACCAGAGCGCCUGGACCGCCUGGUACAGAGCCUGGUGAACGAGGCGCCGGGUAAACUCCAGAGACUCAUACACGAAUGGGCUGUGCCGAUGGAAGUCGCGACAGAUGUCAUGAAGCUCUCUCUAUUUGACGUGAUUCUUUACGUGGACGACAGUGGCUCAAUCGAAUUUGAGGAGAAGGGACUGCGCAAGGAUCAGUUGAGACAGAUUCUCGGUCUCGUUGCCACGGCCGCGUCUACCUUCGAUCAGGAUGGUAUCUCGGUGCGAUUCAUGAACUCGACCGAGAGCGGCGAUGGCAUCCGUAACGCCGACGAUGUCAACAACUUGGUCAGCCGGGUUCGCUUCGCAGGAUUGACUCCUCUAGGCACGAACCUGAGGAGCAAGGUGAUCGACCCGAUGAUCGUAGGCCCGGCCCGCGCCAACCGUUUGGACAAGCCUGUUCUGGUGAUCACCAUUACUGAUGGGCAACCGGCCGGUGAGCCCCACGGUGCUGUGGGCGACGCCAUUCGCUAUGCCGUCGAGGAGACUUCACGCACUCGGUACGGUCGUGGGUCGGUUUCGUUUCAAUUCUCGCAAGUCGGAACUGAUCAGCGCGCCCGCGAGUUCCUCGGAGAUCUGGAUGAAGAUCCGCAGAUCGGCCAUCUGAUUGAUUGCACCUCGAACUUCGAAGUCGAGCAGGAUGAGAUGUCUCGAGCCAAUCCGCCAAUCCACCUGACUCGUGAGCUUUGGUGUGCCAAACUCAUGCUCGGAGCCAUCGACUCUUCUUAUGACACCAAGGAUGAGAAGAGCUCACGUUCUGGACCACCACCUCCGCAGCAGGGCUCCUACGGCGGAUACAACCAGCCGCCGCCAGGGCCCGGACCAUCUGGGCCUGGAGCCGGAGGGGCCACAGCCCACAACCCGGCUAUCCCCCUCAACAUCAACAACAACCCUCGUACUCUGGCGCGAGUCGACAAGCCCCAGGAUAUGGACCGCCACCGCAACAGUCGUAUGGAUAUGGCGGGUCAUCGUCGCACCCUGCAGGAGGGGCACCAGGGUAUCCGCCGGCUGGCGCGUAUCCUCCGCCACCGCGUCGUUAUUAGUGACGUCAGGGGGGCCUUUGGGGGUCCACUUCCUUAA